AUGGCUCCUCUCACAAGACGACGAAGAAGCAAAGCCAAAGGGAUCCAGUUUACGGUUAUGGUUGUUGGCCCAUCUGGAACUGGUCGAACGACCUUUAUAAACACGCUUUGCGAGUCUCAAGUCCUUCCCCACAAGGACCACAGCAAGCCUCAAUCCUUGAGCGUAGAAAACGGGAUUGAGAUCAAGCCUGUGAAUGUUGACAUUGACGAAGACGGUCUGCGCAUCAAUCUCACUGUGGUCGAUACACCAGGGUUUGGGGACAACAUCGAUAACACUGCUGCCUUCCAACAAAUCGUCAACUACCUUGAACGCCAAUACGACGACAUUCUCGCCGAACAGUCUCGAAUCAAGCGGAAUCCAAAGUUUAAAGAUAACAGGGUACACGUUUUGUUGUACUUUAUUCAACCUGGUGGACAUGCGUUAAGGGAAAUCGACAUUGAACUCAUGCGCAAGUUGUCCCAUCGUGUGAAUGUCAUUCCGGUGAUUGGGAAAGCAGAUUCUCUUACUGUGGGGGAACUUAAAGGGUUCAAGAAACGGAUAAUGGAAGACAUCGAACAUUACGAUAUCCCGAUUUACAACUUCCCUUACGAUAUUGAAGAAGAUGAUGAAGAGACUGUUGCGGAGAAUCUUGAAUUGAAGUCCAUGUUACCCUUCGCGGUCAUAGGCUCUGAAGAAGAGGUCAAACUCGACGGAGAUUCUGUUCGUGCCAGAGUCUAUCCUUGGGGAAUAGCGGAAGUCGAGAACCCGGAUCAUUCGGAUUUUUCUAGGCUCAGGGGAGCGAUUCUUGGCACACACCUCCACGACCUCAAAUCCCUAACCGAAGACCUUCUAUACGAGGGAUAUCGGACGGAGAAGCUUUCGAGGAGUGUGUACUCUCAGGCUGAUGCUCCGGAGCUAUCAUUGUCACUCUCGCCCGAGGACAUUUCAGGACACAGCUAUCGUCUCAAGGAAGAACAGAUCCGGAAGGAAGAGGAGAAGCUCCGUGAGAUUGAAAUACGAGUACAGCGCGAUAUCAACGAGAAGCGACAAGAGUUGCUCGCGAAAGAGGAGACACUCAGAAAUCUUGAGGUUCGGCUCAAGGUUUCUCAAGGCAUCUGA